AUGGCCUCAAUUGAGCAAGAUGACUUAUUCAAUGCUGAAGACGAUGAUAUGGAAGAUGAAUACCAGGACAAUGAAAACAGUCAGGAUUACGACAUGGAGCCCGAGGAUGAACAGGCUGAAAAUCCCAACGAUCAGGAAGAAGAAGAUGACGACGAUGAAAUGAUUGAGGGUGACGAGGAAGACAUGGAGGAAGAGGAUGAAGGAGAAGAGGAGGACGAGGGUGACGAGGAAGGAGAAGCGGAAGAGGAGGAGGAAGAGGAGGAGGAAGAGGAGGAGGAAGAGGAAGAAGAAGAGGACGGAGGCGAGGCGGACGGAGGGGAGGCGGACGGAGGGGAGGCUGACGAAGAGGAUAGGCAAGAUGGCGAGGAUGGCGAUGCAAACACUGCGAAUGAGGGAGAAGUCAAGGCCUCCCAUGAAAAGGACUCAGAUGGCGUUGCCAGCGUCGAAGAAAACAAGAGCCUUGCGGAACAGACAGGCGAACCUACCAGUGCCCCUAACACCAGUGAAAAAGUGGAGGCACUUGAACUCGAAGACAACGGUGACGGUGAAGAGCGCCAACCCGAGACAGCACCAGAAACUACACCGUCUAGGCCGUCACGAGAUACACAGGAUACACAGGUUGAUACAGAAUCACCACAAUCACUAUCCACGGAGCCCACAAGAGACGAACUCAUCAAGGAUAUCGAGGAGUCUGAGACUAAUGUUCCCUUUCGUCAACAAAUCAUUUCCAAGGCUCGUAAAGCCACAGAUUUUGACAUCAUUCCUCAAGUUGCUAUACCGUAUACAUCUCAAUGCCAUGCAUUGGCAUUUACUCAAGGUCCUAAAUGGAUCAUCACUGGUGGUGAGGAUGGGUUUAUACGGAAAUAUGACUUUAUACAAUCGGUUGAAGGUAAAGCUCCCCUAACAAUGGCACAGAAACACAAUGUGCCCGACUCGGUAUCCAAUGGUGGUGUAAUCUGUUCGUACUGGGAGAAUGAACAACCUUUGACACGCAAACAAUUGAUGAAGCAGAAUCCGAAAUUGAAAGAUUCCGAUUUUUCAACCGGUAGUGUAUCUUAUGAACCAAAAGUGAACCCCGUGUAUGCAUUGGAAGCAGAACGUAGUGGGUUGUGGUGCUUGUCGGGAUUGUUGUCUGGUGGGAUAAGUCUCUACACGAUGCGAUAUAAUGAAGGUACGAUCCAUCAUUACUUCAAUCAUGGAACGUCACAAUAUCGACGAAGAGGUCAUAUAGAUACUGUGAGUGUGUUGAGGUUGAAUCAGGAGCAAGAUCGAUUCUUGAGUGGGUCAUGGGAUAAGACGAUUAGAGAAUGGGAUUUGAACACGGGGAAAACAGUUAUUGAGUUCCUACCUUCAUCCGGACAGAUUUCCAAUAUCCAAUAUAGACCUGAUGGAUUGGACGAUAUUAGUUUUCUCGUCAAUGGUGAUGACUCCGGAGAUGCUCCUGCUGGGAACAAUGACAAGAUAGAUAAAACUGGCAAUGAUGACGACGACGACGACGACGACGAUGUCGAUUCAUUAUUUGGUGACAGCGAUCAAGAAGAAAAACAACGAGAGGAUAAUCAACCCACAAACGAUCAAGACAAACAUCCAUCCUCUACAAAAGAACCACAAUCCAAGCCACAUCUAAACUCCAAUAUCUUUAUGAGCUCAAGUAUCGAUGGGACAAUAAAUAUCUGGGAUAUCCGAUUAAACCAGCCGGUAAUUCGACUAGGCGUAUCUGAAGGAACACCACCAUGGUGUAUGGCCCUGACGUGGUCCAAUGAUGGAGAUUUCAUCUUUGCCGGACGCCGUAAUUCCACCAUUGAGGAGAUUUCAAUCAAGAUGCCCCACAAGCGGUCUUUGUCGGGUCAUCAUAAAGAUACGAUGGUGCCCAACAUUUCGAAAUUGUUGCAGUUUCCGAAAAUCAGUGGACCCGUAAGUGCGUUGACCACUAUGCCCAAUAAGGAUUUCUUGCUUUGUGGAUCAAAUGAUAAUAUUCGGUUGUAUGAUUUGCGACUUUAUGAUGAUUUGGGUAAUAUGGAGGUGAAUUUGAAGAAACAGGCUACUCCAUUCUUGAUCGUUCCUGGACAUCAUGGUGGUAUGUUGUCUCAAUUGCACGUUGAUGAGACUGGUAGGUUUAUGGUUAGCGCGAGUGGAUAUAGGGGUUGGGGACAUGGACAAUAUACUGACACUGUAUUGAUUUAUGAGAUCGAGUUUGAGUAA